AUUGAAGAGCAACCAUGAGCUACAACAAAAAGGACGAGGACGAGGGCGGCCUGCUCAAGGUCGACCGCACCUCGGUCUUCCAGGAGGCUCGUGUCUUCAACUCAUCGCCUAUUUCUCCUCGCAAGUGCCGUAUUCUGCUCACCAAGAUCUCCCUGCUGCUGUUCACUGGCGAAAAGUUCCCCCAAAACGAGGCCACCUCCCUGUUCUUUGGCAUUUCGAAGCUCUUCCAAAAUAAAGAUGCCGCCCUCCGUCAGAUGGUCUACCUGGUCAUCAAGGAGCUCGCAAAUACCGCUCAAGAUGUGAUUAUGGUCACCAGCAGUAUUAUGAAGGACACUGCUGUCGGCAGCGACGUCGUAUACCGUGCCAACGCCAUCCGCGCCCUGUGCCGCAUUAUCGAUGCUUCCACUGUCCAGGCCAUCGAGCGCAACAUCAAGACGGCCAUUGUCGACAAGACUCCCUCGGUUUCCUCGGCUGCUCUCGUUUCCUCGUACCACCUGUUGCCCAUCGCCCGCGACAUCGUCCGCCGCUGGCAGAGCGAGACUCAGGAGGCUGCUUCGUCGACAAAGUCCUCUGGCGGCUUCUCUCUUGGUUUCGGCUCGUCGGCCUCGCACAGUCUGGCUGCCUCCAACACAAACUUUAUGACCCAGUACCACGCCAUUGGUCUGCUCUAUCAGAUGCGCUCUCACGAUCGCAUGGCUCUGGUCAAGAUGGUUCAACAAUACAGUGCUGCCGGUGUUGUCAAGAGCCCUGCUGCCCGUCUCAUGCUCGUCCGUCUGGCCGCCAAGUUGAUUGAGGAGGAUGCUGGUCUUCGCGCUCCUAUGAUGAAGCUGCUUGAUGGCUGGUUGCGCGACAAGAGCGAGUUGGUCAACAUUGAGGCUGCCAAGGCCAUCUGCGAGGUCCGCGACCUGACCGAUCAGGAAGUCAUGCAAGCUGUUCACGUCCUCCAGCUCUUCUUGACCUCUCCCCGAUCCGUCACCAAGUUCGCUGCCAUCCGCAUCCUCCACAACUUUGCUUCAUUCAAGCCCGACGCUGUUCGCCAAUGCAACCCCGACAUUGAGGCUCUCAUCACAAACUCCAACAGAUCCGUUGCGACAUUUGCCAUCACCACUCUUCUCAAAACUGGUAACGAGUCUAGUGUUGACCGUCUGAUGAAGCAAAUCUCUGGCUUCAUGGCCGAGAUUACCGACGAAUUCAAGAUCACCGUGGUUGAGGCUGUCCGCACUCUUGCCCUCAAGUUCCCUAGCAAGCAGGCUGGCAUGCUUGCUUUCCUCAGUACCUCUAUCCGUGACGAAGGUAGUUACGAGUUCAAGAGUAGCGUUGUUGAGGCCAUCUUUGAUCUUAUCAAGUUCGUCCCCGAAAGCAAGGAAGACGCUCUGUCACAUCUGUGUGAAUUUAUCGAGGACUGUGAGUUCACCAAGCUCGCUGUCCGCAUCCUGCAUCUUCUGGGUAUGGAGGGCCCCAGGACUGCCAACCCGACCAAGUAUAUCCGUUACAUCUACAACCGUGUUGUACUCGAGAAUGCCAUUGUCCGUGCAGCUGCUGUCACUGCUCUGGCCAAGUUCGGUGUCGGUCAGCAAGAUCCCGAUGUCAAGCGUAGCGUCAAUGUUCUACUCACCCGCUGUCUCGACGAUACCGAUGAUGAGGUCAGAGAUCGUGCAGCCCUCAACUUGCGUCUGAUGAAGGAAGACGACGACAUGGCCAGCAAGUUUGUCAGAAAUGACUCGAUGUUCUCAUUGCCCGUCCUGGAGCACCAGCUUGUCAUGUAUGUGACAGCAGAAUCAUCAGCCGCAUUCUCCAAGCCCUUCGACCUUAGCUCAGUUCCCGUUGUCACUCGUGAACAAUCUCUGGCUGAGGACCGCACGAAGAAACUUACUACAGCCACUCCUACCCUCAAGGCACCUUCGGCUGGACCCAAGCCAGCUCCCGCCCGCGGUUCAGCAGAAGCCGCCGCCUCGGCAAGUGCAGCUGCACAGAAGUAUGCUCAACAACUGCAAGCGAUUCCCGAGCUUUCUUCAUACGGAGGCGUGCUCAAGAGCAGUGCUGUUGUCGAGCUGACCGAGAGCGAGACCGAGUACGUCGUUACUGCUGUCAAGCACUUGUUCAAGGAGCACGUCGUCAUUCAAUACGACAUCAAGAACACUUUACCAGACACAGUCCUCGCCGAUGUGACAGUUGUCUGCACGCCCACAGCAGCCGACGAGUCAGAGGAAGGUGGUCUGGAAGAAGAGUUCACUAUUCCUGCUCCUCUGCUCAAGACGGAUGAGCCUGGCACUGUUUACGUGUCUUUCAGACGCCCUGAGGGUCAAGAAUUCUCAGCGGCCAACUUCACCAACGUGCUCAGAUUCACAAGCAAGGAGAUUGAUCCUUCGACCAACGAGCCUGAAGAGCAUGGAUACGAAGACGAGUACGAGAUUGAAGACCUUGACCUUGUUGGCUCCGACUACAUCCUUCCCGCAUUCGCUGGCAACUUUGACAGCAUCUUCAACGGCAUUCCCUCGGAUGACGAACAUGAGGCCGAGGAGACGCUACAACUCUCCAACGCCAAGACACUGGCAGAUGCCACCGAGCUGCUCGUCAAGAGCCUGGGCAUGCAACCGCUCGAGGGUAGCGAGGUCACACUUUCUACUUCGACACACAGUCUGAAGCUUUACGGAAAGAGUGUGACAGGUGGCAAGGUCGCAUCGUUGGUAAGAAUGGCAUUCAGCGCCAAGAGCGGAGUCACAGUCAACAUCAAGGUCCGCAGCGAAGAGGAGAUGUUGGCAGCUCUCGUUGUUGGUGGAGUGGCAUGAUGGGUAUGGGAGACGUGACGUUGUCACCAGGGGCACUGGCGUUCAGGGCGGAGCAUGAAGCAGCGUGUGUGCUUUUUAUUGUUUAGUUUUAUGAUUGAGGCGGACGGUAGUCAAAAGCGUCUACGAGUCGUUGUUCUUGUCA